AUGGACGUUGAUCCUGAAGAGCCUAAGGAACAGCAAGCAUUCGUAAAUGAUGAAGAAGUUCUAAAUGACUGUGCACCAUUGGAGAUUCCUCCACCACCUCCACUGGUGCAAUCUCGAGAUGCUACUGGUCCCAGACUAAUAAUUACUCAGAUUGUUACUGAAAAUUUCAAAUCAUAUGGAGGUAUACGUGUUAUGGGACCAUUUCAUAAAAACUUCAGCUGUAUCAUCGGACCUAAUGGCAGCGGUAAAAGCAAUGUAAUUGAUUCAAUGCUUUUUGUGUUUGGAUAUCGAGCGUCAAAAGUGCGUUCGAAGAAGAUAAGUCAGCUAAUACACAAUAGUGAAUUAGUGCCUAAUGCCCCCAGUUGUAUGGUGUCAGUUCAUUUCCAAAAAAUCAUUGAUCAUGGUCCUGGUGCUAUGGAUUAUGAAGUCGUUCCAGAUACUCAGUUUGUUGUCUCACGUCGAGCUUAUAAAGAUAAUUCCAGUUGUUACUUGAUCAACAAUAAUCGAGCUGUUUAUCGUGAUGUGGCUAAUCUUUUGCGUUGUCAUGGUGUAGAUAUUGAUCAUAACAGAUUCCUUAUUCUACAAGGUGAAGUAGAACAGAUUGCUUUGAUGAAACCAAAAGCGCCAAAUGAACAUGAGGAUGGAUUUCUUGAAUACUUAGAGGAUAUAAUCGGAUCAUCUCGUUACAAAGCACCAUUGAAUACAUAUGCUACGCGUAUAGAAAGAAUAAAUGAUAUACGCCUGGAGAAAUUGGCACGUGUUAAAGCUGUCGAGAAAGAGAAAGAUGAACUUGAAAGUGUACGAAAUGAAGCGAUUGCUUAUCUACGCUUAGUAAAUCAAUUGGUUCGAUUGAAAAAUAUAUUAUAUCAACAAAAAUUAUCACAAGAAAAUAAUACUGCAAAGAUUGCUAAAGAAAAGCUGACAGAAGUUCAACGAGAAGCUGAAGAAUUAACUAGUCAAAUACGCGAAACCACUAAACUAAUUUCACAAUUAGAAUCAAAACGUGAAGAACUCACUAAGCAACAUUCCGACUUACAAACACGACAUCGUGAAUUAAAGGCUAAAUUUGCCGAUUUUGAAGCUGAAGACAGCCGAUUACGUGAUGAACAUGGACAUACAAAAAAUGCAUCAAUACGUUUAACCAAGUCUAUUCAAACAGAGAAAACUAAUUUAGAAAAGUUGGAAAAACUUCCCGAGGAAGCUAAUGCUCGCCGUGAGGAAAUUGAAAAACAAUUGGCAGAAUAUGAAGAAAUCAAAAAACAGCAUGAACAAGCUUACAGGGAAACACUUGAUAAUUUAGCUAAAGAAUCCAUGCCUUUACGAAUGAAAGUUGAACAAAGUGAAUCAAUCCUCGGGCCAUUACAAUCAGAAGCUGAACAAUUGACAAAUAAGUUAAAAUUACAACGUCAACAGUAUAAUCUAAUGAUGACUGGUCAACAACGUGAAUUAGAGCGUGCCGAUGGAGCACGUAAAAGUAAACAAUCAGUUGAAGAAAAGUUGAAACUUUGUGAACAUGAACUAAAUGAGGCUAGACAACGACUAUCAGGUAUAGAAAACGGCAACAACAACAACAGCAACAGUAGUCGAGAUGGUGGUAAAAAAGGCACUCUGGGAACAGCUUUGGCUUCAGCUACACGUGAUCUAGCUGAAGUGAAAGCUCGUGAAGCUGAUGCAGCAAAAAAAGUCAAUGACUUGCGUAAUAAAUUGGCAGACUCGAAAUCUUCUCUUCAGGUCGAUAAUUCAAGAAGUCGAAUGUUAAAUGCUUUACUUGAAGCAAAACGUUCUGGUAUAUUGCCAGGAAUUCUUGGCCGACUUGGUGACCUGGGUGCUAUUGCUCCACGAUAUGAUAUUGCAGUGUCAACAGCUUGUGGUGCCUUGAACAAUAUUGUUACUGAUACUAUGGAUUCAGCUCAGCAAGCUGUCAAUUUUUUAAAAGAGCACAAUCUUGGAAAAGCCACUUUCAUAGCUUUGGAUAAAAUGCAAAAAUGGGCUGAACAAGCGUCUAUACCAUUUCCUAAGCCUCAAGUACCAUUUCGUGUGGAUCGAUUAUAUGAUUUAAUUGAAACAGUUGAACCAAACGUGAAACCAGCUUUCUAUUUCGCGCUUAGAAACACAUUGGUUACAGAGAAUUUAAGCGCAGCUACAACAGUUGCCUUCGGUCAACAACGACGUCAUCGUGUUGUUACACUUCAGGGUCAAAUUAUUGAAGUCUCAGGAGCUAUGUCCGGUGGUGGAGGUCGUCCAGUUUCAGGCAGAAUGAUGACAGAUAUUGCACAAGUUAGAAAAUACUAUGCAGAUAACACGUGUAAAUUAGACAAUAGACAAAAAAGUUCAACUGAUGGUGGAAAAGAUGUUUCCACUUUAGAAAGAGAAUUAGCUAAUGCUGAUAAUGAACUUGCUCGACUGCGUGAAACGCGUGGUCGAUUAGAAGAGAUGAUAGCACGCAUGACACGUCAACGUAAUGAUGCUCAAGAGACUGUUCAACGAUGGGAAACUGAAUACUCACGAACACAAGCCCAUUUGAAAGUGUUAUGUGAUGAAAUUUCACAAGCAGAAGAACGUGCCAGGUCAAUGGCUCCAUCGGAUGCUGAACGUAAAAAAAUUGAAAAAGAAAUAGAAAAACUUGAUAAAACUUCACAACAAAAAUCCGCAAAAGUUACUAGUCAACGUGAAGAGUUGGAACGUUUAAAAAGUGAACUGUUGAAUUAUGGCGCUGAUCGUCUUGCUGCGGUGAAAAAUCGUAUGGAUGCUGUGGAUAAGAAAAUAAAACAGGCCAAUGAUGAAUUGACAAAAAUAGAAGUUAAUUUAAAGACUACAUUACGUAAUAAACAAAAAUCUAUGGAUAAAUUAAAAAAUAUGAACAAUGAAUUAGAAGUGUUGACACAAAAAUUAGCUGAUAUUCAGGCAAGACUUAAAAUACUGGAGAAAGAUGCUAUGGCCUGUUUCGAUGAAACUCAAAAAGUUCAAGCUGAGAUUGAAGAAUUACAAAAAAUGAAAGAAGAGAAUCUAUCUCUUUUAACUGAUACAGAAAAUGACUUAGCCACAAUACAAAAAUCUGAGGCUGCAUCACGUCGAUUAGUCAGUCAAUACGAAGGUGAAUUAUCCCAAGCGACUACAAAUGCUCUUCAUUGGCAGGAUGAGAUUAAACGUCUUCAACUGCAUUUUAUUGAUGAUGAUGAUGAUGAGGAUGACGAAGAUGAAGCUAGUGUUCCUGAAGGUGGUGCAUCAACCUCUGUUCCUGAGGAUAUUUCUCAGCCAACAAUUAGCACCGAUGUUCAAAUGACAGGUGGUGAUGAUAAUGACCAGGAACAACAACAACAACAGCAGCAGCAGGCGCCAACAAUCAAACAAGAGGCUCACAAGAAAUCAUUGGAUAUGAAAAAAAGGACUCUUCCUAAAUACACAGAUGAAGAAUUAAAAGAAAUUUCUGUUGAUUCAAAUGAAAUGAAACACUUGGAAGAGAAAAUCGCCUCUAUGACGCCUAAUAUGACAGCUAUUGAAGAAUAUCGUCGUAAGGCACAAAAUUACUUGCAACGUGUCAGUGAGUUGAAUCGUAUCACCAGUAUCCUCGGUGAACAACGUAAAUAUAUGGAGGAGGCGAAGUCAAAACGACUAACUGAAUUUUUGGAUGGUUUUCAUACAAUUACAAGUAAAUUGAAAGAGAUGUAUCAAAUGAUUACACAAGGUGGUGAUGCUGAACUAGAAUUAAUCGAUUCACUGGAUCCAUUCUCUGAAGGUAUUGUAUUCAGUGUACGUCCACCGAAAAAAUCUUGGAAAAAUAUUGCCAAUCUUUCAGGUGGUGAGAAGACACUGUCUAGCUUAGCCUUAGUCUUUGCCUUACAUCAUUAUAAACCAACUCCGCUGUAUGUUAUGGAUGAGAUAGAUGCUGCAUUAGAUUUUAAAAAUGUUUCUAUUGUUGGCAAUUACCUAAAAGAACGUACAAAAAAUGCUCAAUUCAUAGUGAUCUCAUUACGUAAUAAUAUGUUUGAAUUAUCCGAUCGAUUAGUGGGGAUAUAUAAAACAUAUAAUAUCACAAAGACAAUCACAUUGGAUCCGAAACCAUUAAUGGAUCAUUUACGUGGACUGGUGAUGCGUGUUGCAACUUCACACGGUCGACAGAAUGAUCUGCGGGCUAUUGUCCGUGCCGCGGCAUCAACAAAAUCAAUGUUGCCAUCAUCACAAACACAACAACAACAAGUAGGGCAGCAGCAACAAGGUGGUGGCGGUGGUGAUGGUGCCGGUCUAACUAUUGUCACUUCACCAAAAUCUACUUUGCCGACAGUUGUUAAUGAUCUACAAGUGGAAAAUGUUGAAAAUAAUCAUGAAACUACAAUUAUAUUAGAUGAUGAUAUGUUUGAUAAUGAUGAUGAUGUUGAUGGCGGUAACCGGGAUCAAAACGGAGAUGCUGAUGCUGAUGAUGAUGGUGAUGACGUCGUGAUAAAGAAGAAAUUAAUUAUGAAUGGUGAGAUGAAUGGAAAUACAGCUAAAUUACUUGCGAGUCUUAAUACUAAUAACAACAAUGUUAUUGAUUUAGACGUUGAAAUGGUGGAAUGCAUACCUACCAGUGAUUAA